AUGCUGGAUUGUGUGGUGCGAAUUCCGAUAGUUUAUCCCACGCGAUUUCAUGAAAACAUUACUUGUCGGGUAUGGCUCAAAGAAGCACUUUUUCUUCUAGAUGGAGAGGGUUUCAUAAAGCUCACUCUAAUCGUGAAAGACCCCAAAUUAGAGGCCAGCACUCUGACAAUGCAAAAAAAGAGUGCGAGAAGCCUGGCUUGA